AUGGGGUGGUCGAAGUUGAGCACAAUGCUCGCUGGCAGCACAGGGAAACCAUUGGACACAUCAGAUCACAAAAAGACAGUCAUCACGGACCAGUGGCAGUACCCUCCUGUGACAGCGAAUGCGUCUUUCGACUUGGAGACUACGCCGAUACCUGCUUUCCGUGCCUUUCGAUAUUCGUACAAGCGACAUACAAUCGAUGUCAAGAAACUUGACCUGAAUGACUGGAUCCUUCUCGAUAACCAGUUUCCGCGCUACCACUCGGCCAAGGUCGCCAGGUUGGCGGAACGGGGCGACAAGAUCGUCGGCACCCUGCCUUGUGCGACCGAUGCGGCAAGGGAACUUUGUCAAGACCUGGCAGAAUUUCUGUCUUCUCGGUAUCCCCAGGUGUAUCGCAUCACCCGCUCUGGGUCGGAUAAAGACGGUUGGCUUGGAAAAGGGUCCAUAACUCGUGUCGAGAUGCCGAGCCUCGGUGCCUCGUAUGAUCUGGUCAAUGAAGACCCAAUGACAGUGGCUGGUCUGCUGCAACCGACAGACUUGAAUAUCUUGACCAAACGACCAGACGGUCAAUACCAACUAAGUGCCGUCAUGUUCGGCAUUGGCGGUGGCCAGAGACUAAAAGAUAAACUUGGCAGGUCACUGGCCGACUUGCAUUACGGUGGUCAAGUGCCGCACUUCAAGGAACAGCUUCAAGUCCCCCUCGACCGAUUCUUGUCUAAGUUGAAGGUGGACGGCCCGAUUGUGAGACAUACCACAGCGCUCACCAUCCACGACGAGUUGCAUUGGCCAGAGGUGACCAUGGGUCCAGAAGACGACUGGGAUCCAGUAAUCAGGGGUCCAGCCAUUGGCUCCAAAGGAGCCACCACCUUCAAACCUCCUCAUCCAAUCUUGGAUAUUUCCAGCCUCUGGCAUCGAACAGAGCGGCAAACGCUUCGCAGGCUCCCAAAGUCUGGCACGAUUGUUUGGUCUGUUCAUACCUACGUCAACCCCCUCGCUUCCAUCCUGAAGGAACCGGGAAUCCCAGGCAGGCUUGCUUCCCUUGUAAGGAGCUGGGACGAUGAACUCGCAGCACACAAAGGGCGACACCUUUACGCCGACGUCUUGCUUCCGCAUUUGGAUGCUUUGCAUUCGGAACAGGUCAGUGCCGGUGUGUGCGCAGAUGAGCCGACGACGUUGCCCAACUUCCCAUUCUGA